CAUCGAUGGACUUGGAGGCGAUUCAGAAGGCAGCCGAGGCCGAGUGGACGCGCGUGCGGGCGCAGAUGCAGCAGAUGGCCGACGGUCAAAAGCACUUGCUGCCAAUGCAGCUUCUCGACAACACGCACGUCCAGAUCGGCGGCGCGUUCCUCAUCGGCCUCGGGCUCGGGCUCGUCUUGCCGCGGCUUCGGGCGCCCUUCACGCGCUUUGCAACAGUCGAAGACAUUCCCAACUUUAUGUUCCAGGAGCAGCGCAAGAUCAAGGCCAAGGCCAUCAACUUUAGCGACGGUGAUACGCUGCGUGUGCGCCACCUCCCGCUCUUCCGUGGUCUUGGACCCAUGGACGGCAAGCUCUCGGAGCAGACGCUCCAGAUCCGCCUCUGCGCGAUUGAUACGCCCGAGACGGCCAAGUUUGGCAACCAAGGCCAGCCGUUUGGUGACGAAGCCAAGGCGCAUUUGACCAAGCUGCUCGAGAACCGCAAGCUGACGCUCACGCUGCUGCAGAAGGAUCAGUACGCCCGCGCGGUGUGCCUCGUUGAGUAUGGCUGGGGGCCGUUCAAGAAGGACGCGUCCGAGGAGCUGCUCAAGGUCGGUCUAGCCAACGUGUACCGGCAGACUGGCGCGGUCUACGGCGGCAAGCAAGCCACGUACGACAAGCUCGAAGCCAAAGCCAAGGCCAAGAAGCUCAAGAUGUGGAGCCAAGGUGAUGACUUUGAGACGACAAGCGCGUACAAGGCCCGGAUCCGCGCGGAAAAGUAAAUUUU